AUGGCGCACCAAUCAGACGCGCAGUCCCCGGCCUCGAAAAAGUCCGGGUCGAAGCUCAAGAAGUCAAACGAUUCUGCAGGAGGUGCAGAUACACAGCAGGAGUCCAAUUCUACCGGAAAAGAUACCCAGUCCGACAAGAAAGACAAGAAGAAGCGCAAAAAGACUGCUUCCGAGGAUGCUGCACUCGAGACAGACGGCGAAAUGAAGAAAAAGAAGCGCCGCCACGCCGAAGAUGACAAGGAUGAAUCACGCAAGAAGAAGCGCGUCUCAUUUGGCCCGGGGACAAAGGAACACGACGCCGACUCCGACAGCGACUCAGACAAUGCCCUCGGCAACGACGCUAGCGCUGCCGACGGAGCGGAAGCCGACACCGAAGACAUCGUCGACAAGCAGCUCGAAGAGACGAAGAAGCUCAAGCGCGAGAAGAAGAAGAAGCAAAAGAAAGACGGCACCGCUUCGACCGGGACACCAGUCCACGAGACGCCUAUUCUCUCAUACCUGAGCCACUACCACCGAGCACGCGCGACCUGGAAGUUCCAAAAGAACAAGGAGACACACCUAUUCAAGCACCUGUAUUCUCUUGAGCAAGUCCCAUCCCAGUACAACACGUCGCUGCUGGCAUACAUGCAGGGACUGAAGGGUGAUGCGGCGAAGCAGCGCAUGAGCGAUGCCGCUCGGGACGUGAUCAAGGCCGAUAUGGAGCUCGACAAGCCGAAGGAUGAUGAAGAGAAUCAGGAACCCGCAGCGCCCGAGUACCAGGAAGCCGUUGAUGCAUUCCGCGAAUGCUUGCCUACCGCAGGCGAGGAUCUGGACAAGGUCGAUUUCGGCGAGAAGCUGGAGGGAGACGCUAAGAAGCGUUUGCCAAAGAGGCAGCGGGCAGAGCUGGUCUUUUUCGCUGUUGCCGGCAAGCUUUUCAGCGCUGAGGAUUUGAAGACGAAGAAACCUAAGGUCUCUGAGCCUGCUGUGCCGAAGAAGCGGAAGAACAGAACCAUGGUUGUGGAGAUCAGCAGCAGUGAGGACAGUGAUGAUGAUGCUCCAGUGAAGAAGACUGCUGGGAAAUCUGCGGAGACCAGUGACGAUGAGACUUCGUCGAGUGGUAGUAGCAGUGAUAGCGACAGUGACAGCAGCAGCGAUGACGCUGCUCCUCCGGCUAAGGUUAAAGCCACUGCUGCCAGCACACCUUCAGCACCUUCAUCGUCCGGGGCUGCUGCUACGAUGUCGAACAAGGAGAAGAAAGCUGCGCAGAAAAAGCAGAAGUUUGUUCCUGUGAAAGAAGCGAAGGCUAAGCCUGAUGUGCCGAAGAAGGUCCAGAAGCGAAAACUCCGAACUGCACAGAUCGAGAUCUCGAGCAGUGAAAGUGAUAGCGAGUAG